AUGAGAGACGGCCGGGUCCGGCCCACGACCUCGCACCGCCUACACCCCUUCUACGGUGAACCGGAACCCCAGCCCGCGCCGCCUCGAGGACUGACGCCCAUGAACGUCCAGGCCCAUCGCACCCGCAUACGCAGUCGAGAAGUCUCGGAACGUAAGCAGGUGGGAGAUGCGGAGAGUUUGUUCCACGCGGAACAACGGCAAAGAGGAGAGAAAGAGAUGUAA